AUGGCCGACGGCGGGUUUGUGAGUGGCAUGGAGAUAGGAGUGGACGAGCGGUACUGGGUAGCGCGUGUUAAACGUGAGCGGUCUCGCUUCGGCGACCGGCAGACGUAUCAUUCGAUGCGUAUUGGUCUCGCUUCGGCGACCGGCAGACGUAUCAUUCGAUGCGUAUUGGUCUCGCUUCGGCGACCGGCAGACUCACCAUACUAUGAAUCCGAGGAAUCACAGCCCAUCCUCGCAGCACAAGGACCAGACCUCUACAUGCCUCUGCUAGACGAUGACUCUGGAGCCGGUCCCUCAACAAGUGGCGCCGCCAGUUCCAGCGGUGCCGCACCAGGUUCGCGGGUCGAGGACAACCGCCUGUCAGGAGAGGCCGUGUUAGCUGAGUCUGACAGUGACACCUCACAACCGACCGGCCGCCUAUAA